CCGCUUUAGUAGAUGGAUAUGUUUCGCCUAAAAACCCCUUCCGACAUCCAACACUAAGUGUAUGGUUUCCCUUGCAGUGGAAUUGGGCCAAUCUUCUCUCCCGAUCGCAGCUUACUCUUCAGAUUCCAUUGUCACUGUUUAGGCAUCGUCUUGAACGCGAUCCAUGCUCGUCUGUUCCAAGUGCUUUGUGUCUUCCACGUCAUGUCUUUCAGGUCACCUCAAGGCCGAUCGCCACAUCGCUCAAUGCAUGAGAUGGAUCCCGAAGCACUCAAAGAACGAUCACGGCGUUCGAUGUCCCCUCGAGGAGGUUCAAGGUCCGUCAGCCGGAGUCCAUCCGCUCAGUAUGACAAUGACCGCCGCGACAAACGUCGUUCUAAAAGCUGGUCUCGGUCUCCGUCGCGUUCUCGGACGUCAUCCCUGAGCCGUAGUCGCAGCCCAAGCCGUGAUUCUCGAUGGUAUAGAAAUAGGAGCUACAGCCGUACACCGAGUCCAAGCAGUGGGCUUCCAAGAAGUUCAAAGAUCAUAGUUGAAAAAUUGACCAAGAAUGUCACCACAUCCCACCUUAGAGAGAUUUUUGGUUCAUUUGGUGAUAUCAAGAGUCUUGAGCUUCCCAUGAAUCGAGCUUUCAUGACAAAUAGAGGCACGGCCUAUAUUCUUUAUCACGAUCCUGCAGAUGCCGAAGCAGCGAUAUCGCACAUGCACGAGGCCCAAUUAGACGGUGCCGUUCUGAAUGUCUCAAUCGUGCUGCCCAGGAGAGCCUUCUCACGUUCGCCGCCACCAGCCGAGAAUGGCCGGGGUGGCUCUGGCCGUCGCAGGUAUGACUACAAAGAGCCUUCAGAACACCGGUCUUCGCGUAUUCCUCCAAAUGUACCUAGGACUACGCCCCCGAGAAAGCAUGGCCGCUCGCGGCCCAUGGAGCGACAUGAUUUAUACCGACCGCGCUCUUUGUCGCGCUCGAGGUCACGGCGUCGCUCAUUGUCGUCUUUCUCAGGUUCGCGCUCUAGGUCCCCAGCGAGGAGAAGAGCGCACAUCCGCGUGGACAGCCCUAGGCACCGUAAACGCCGCAGUCCAAGUUAUAGCAGUUAUGGCUACAGCAGUCAUAGCGAUGGAGAUAGAAGCCGGAGCAGGAGCCGAGUUCAUCGCUUGGACGCCUCGAGGAAAUAACCUGGAAAGCCAAAUAUUGUGUACCAUACCUCAGUCCCUUAUUGAAGUGCACAUGCAUGGUAAUGGCCAUCCUACGUGCUUUAUUAGGCCUAAUGACAAUAGUCUUCAGGAAAAGGCUUGAUUUAUUAUGCUGAAUGGAGUGUGAACUGCUUUGCUACCAUCAAUGCAUAAUGAGCCUUACAACCAAGCAAGAAUAAGUUGCUCUCAUGAACAGCUGCACUAGUCUCAAAUCGACGUCCAUGUGCGGAUUAAUUCUCUUUCAGAAAAAAGCACACCAGCCGAUAUACAUGGCCGCUAGGUUUCUCUUGUCUGUUGCUCGUGUGAUUAGUUCAUCAACAUGGCCAUCCACUGAUAAA